AUGUCAUCAAACAAAAAACGAAGAAUUGAUGAAAAGCCAAUGAGCGCUUUGAGCGCUCUUCAAGCUCGACGGAGAGAAGCCGCAGCUUUCCCCGUUCAAACGACUCAAGCUGAUUCAGAGUCCGAUGAGAAGUCAGUGACCACCAGUGUCAACCCCUACCAGCUUCUUCGAAAGGACCGUAGUCAAAGUGCUGCCCCAAAAACUCCCAAGAAGAACGCAGUCAAAGAUCAAUAUCUACCGCGUAGGGCAGAGUCAUCAGCCACUCGUUCAAGAGGCGUUGCAAUAGCGAAUGGAAAUACAGACACCCUCAAUACUGAGUUGGCUGGCGCUUCUCAGAAAGCGGUUCGAGAGUCAUCAUUCCGCCUCUCAAAGCAAAACCACAGAGUCAAGGCAGGGGGUGUUGUGGAAUUAAAUUUAUCAAACAAGGAGCGGUUCUUGGUUCUUGGGAGUUUUGGAAUUCGGAUCAUCCAGGGUGAAGUGAGGUUGGCUGGUGCUACUCUCUGCCCUUCGGAAACGAUUGAAUGGGUUCACGCUCCCCACUGCCACGCAGUUCCCGUGCUGCGGACUAAAGAAGAGACGAGACUGGAACUUCAUCCCGAUAUCAAUGCUCGUGGUAUACGCCAGCUGGGUCGGCUGUCACCACUAUUCAGAAAAAUAUGGAAUGAGUCACCCGAGACAAACUCGUCCAAGACAUCGAAAGACUCUACCUUUGAGAUUAUAUAUACCCCUGAAGAUGCCCCUAAGAAAUGCAUCAUCCAGGAACUGGUCUCACCACCGGAGUGGAACAAGAAGUUGUCUUCGCUUGUAGCGACUAGUCGAAAGAAGCCUUCACUAUCAACAUUGAUAUGUGGACCUAAAUCGGCUGGGAAGUCUACUUUCUCACGACUGUUCCUGAAUGGCCUAUUGACAGAUCGAUCCCAGAAACAGGGCGCUCGCAGUGUUGUGAUACUUGACCUCGAUCCAGGCCAACCAGAAUACGCACCACCGGGGACCUUAUCACUCGUUUGUGUAACCAAGCCCAACCUCGGCACGCCAUUUACACAUCCAAGUCUCAAAAACUCUGCCUUUACUGUUGUCCGCAGCCACUCAAUGGCCUCUGCCACUCCAGCUCCAAACCCCGACCUCUACCUGGCUUGUGCGACAGACCUGUUUGAUACAUACUCGAAGCACUAUGCUGGAGCCCCUCUUAUUGUCAACACCCCUGGAUGGAUCCAAGGGACUGGAUUAGAUCUGCUGUCUAGCUUAAUAGAGGAAAUCAAGCCCCAGGAGGUUUUGUACAUGUCAGAAGCAGGUCCGUCCGAGGCAGUCGAUGCUUUGCGUACAGCAACAAAACUGGCGUUCACGGAACUCCCAUCUCAGCCAUCUGAGUUCACGUCAAGAACAGCAGCGCAUCUCAGAGCGAUGCAAACCAUGUCUUAUUUUCACUUGCAAAAUACGCCACCAAAGACUUCGAACUUGCUCGAUACAUCUACGAGGUUAAAGUGGGACGCCUCGCCGCUCUCUUCUAGAGCUCCCUUGCUUGUGCAAUACUCUUCGUCGAAACGAGGCGUCUUGGGACUCUUAUCCUAUGAUUACCAAUGCUCCCCAGAAUUACUGGCUGAUACAGUGAAUGGGCUGGUAUUGGCCGCAGUCGAGAUAGAGGAUCGCAAAGCAUUCUCCAAUUUUCCACAAGAGGUAGCACCGCCACCGCUGGUAUCAACGAGCCCAGAAAAUAUCCCGUUCAUUCCCAACUAUGAUGAUGUAGCGUUAGAUCCCCGCUAUUCUCGGACUAUUGGGCUAGUGCUUCUACGUGGCAUCGACACGAAAUCAGAGACACUCCAGCUUGUCACCCCAAUCCCGCUUGAAGAAUUCAGGAGUAUUAAGUCGCAAAGCAGAAGUAUCGUGCUUCUUCACGGGAAGUUUGAUACCCCAAAUUGGGCAUACACGGAGGAACUUUAUGAGAGAGCGGGGACUGAAGAGGGAAACGACAUGGUGCUUGAAGUUACCGAGGAGGACACAGAAGAUGAUCAGUCAGGAGUUGAGCCAGAAGGGGCUGAUGGAGUCAGCGACCUUACAGAAGUCCCUUGGGUUGAAGUCUUGAAAGGAAGCCAAAGACGGCCCGUUGGUUCACAAGUUUGGCGGCCCUUAAGGCAUCUUGGGCGUAACAACACGGGAGACUAG